AUGAGAGGUGAAAUCGAGGUGAACUAUUUGAUGAAAUUCGAUGAAUGGACGAGUUGGGAUCUCUCGGAAAUCGAGAAUCCCUUGAUUGGAACCAAUUUUUCAGCAACUUUACUCAAUUUGGACUCACCAAAAGGAAAUAGAAAGCUCAAUUCGGAAACGCUUCCGAAAACAUUCACCAAAAUAACCAGUUUACUCUCAACUCGUUCUCUUUAUGUGAAUUUUCGCUUACCAAAGUCUGGCAUUGGAGUGGUGAAUGACGGCUUCUGCCAGGAGCCAAGCAAAUUCUGUCGUUACUCCUUGUCUUUUCACCAUUUCGAGCGCCAUUGCUCCGAUGUGGGGAUACCGGUUUUCGGGCUCGGUUCACCAAUUGAGGAGAAAAAUCGUCUAAUGUUGUCCCUCAAUCAGCCAAUCCCAAAAUGCGCUCUUUAUUUCACAAAUGAUCGCCGUUUUUCUUUUUGUGGGAACAUUUCUGAAGUAAAGCUGUCAAUUGUGCACAUUGGAAGUUCUCCAUUGACUAUCAUCGAUUUUCCGCAAUUCGUGAGUCGGCAAUCGAAAUUGCGCAAUAUUCGCUCACUCGAGGAUUUCCCGUCAAAUGAGGAAAUCGAUUUGCUUCUCCUCGAGCUGAGCGCUUCGUUUUGGUCAAAAAACUUUUCACUGUCGAGAUUUUCAAAAGUCAAACAGAUUUCUGUUUCUUUGAGAUUAUUCGUCGAAGAAGGUGAAAACUAUCGUCACUUCUACUCGUUCGUUCGAUGUAUGCGAGAAAAUUUUCAACUAACUUUUGGCGAAUGGAAAGAUGAUCAUGGUUUUCUUCAAAUCCAAGCAAUUUUUGAGGCUUUAGCCAAU